AUGAAUGGACUUUUUGUGUUCUUCCUUCUCAUCUAUCUGAUGACUCUUAUCACAAACCUUCUUAUUUGUUUCUUGGUCCUCACUGACUACAAUCUGCACAACCCAAUGUAUUUUUUUCUUGCCAACUUGGCAUUUCUGGACAUGUCCUAUUCAUCAGUGACGGCACCAAGGAUGUUCUUUGAUUUGGUCACAAAAAGCCGAUCAAUAUCCAUUCCUGCCUGUAUAUCCCAAGUCUUUUUCUACCUCUCCUUUGUUUGGUCAGAACUUUUCUUGCUCUCGGCUAUGUCCUACGAUCGAUACAUUGCCAUCUGCCACCCUCUACAUUACAAACUAAUCAUGUCUUGGAGGGUCUGUACUCGUCUGGCCUCUCUGUCCUGGGUUGCAGGAUGUACCCUCGGUUUGGUUCAUACUUUAUUUUUGCUCAGGUUGUCCUUCUGCAGAACAUCUUCCAUCCACAACUUCUUCUGUGACCUUCCAAACUUGUAUCAAAUUACUUGUACUGACACCUUCAUAAACAUGAUGGUCAUAUUCCUAGAAGGUGCUAGUAUUGGAGUAGCAGUCUUUCUUUUGACCUUUAUUCCCUAUGUCUAUAUUUUCAGCACCAUCCUUAGAAUCCGUAGCAAGACUGGAAAGAGGAAAGCCUUCUCCACCUGCUCAUCACAUAUUACCGUGGUCUUCAUCUUUUAUGGCUGUUUAAUAUUUAUUUACUUGGUUCCAACGUCCAGAAAAAAUCACAAUUUAAACAAACUGUUUACAGUCAUAACUGCCCUCAUUAACCCGUUGCUGAAUCCUCUGAUCUACAGCCUGAGGAACAAGGACCUUAUGAAGGCACUUACAAGGUCUUAUUAUCACUUAAGAUUAAUCCAGGCAUCACGCUAA